ACAAAAUUAAAAACCCCAAUUCUCAAUGACGACCAACGUGUUUGUUUAUAACUCGUUCUCGUCACUCGUUCCCAAAAGCUUUAAUUUCUCACUGCCGUCACUUCCUAUUGCACAGCAGCCGCAGGUACCCGUCUCCGCCUCAUCACCCCGCCGCCACCGCCGGAUAUCCGCUCUCGUCACCAGUAUGGCUCAGUCUACACAAAACCCAGUGGUUCCGCAGAAUAGAGUCAUAAUUCCAAACAAGCAUGGUGAGAAACUGGUCGGAUUGCUGCAUGAUUCUGGGUCCAAGGAAAUUGUCGUCCUGUGCCAUGGUUUUCAAUCUUCCAAGGACUACACAGCCAUGUCAAACCUUGCUAAUGCAUUGGAAAAAGAAGGGAUCACAGCGUUCCGAUUCGACUUUGCUGGUAACGGGGAAAGUGAAGGCACAUUUGCCUAUGGUAACUAUGGGAGAGAAGCUGAUGAUCUUCGCUCUGUAGUCGAACACUUUGCUGGAGAAAACCGAGUUGUUAGUGUAAUUCUCGGCCAUAGUAAAGGAGGGAAUGUGGUGCUCCUAUAUGCUUCAAAAUUCCAUGAUACCAGGAACGUUGUAAACGUUUCUGGACGCUAUGACCUGAUGAGAGGCAUUGAGGAGCGCCUCGGGAAAGACUUUCUGGAAAGAAUUAAGAAAGAAGGGUUCAUUGAUGUAAAGAAUCAAGCAGGAGAAGUCAAGUAUCGUGCUACUGAAGAGGCUUUGAUGGAUAGACUGAAUACUGAUAUGCACAAGGCAUGCCAGCAAAUUGAUCAAGAUUGCAGUGUUUUGACAAUCCAUGGAUCUGCUGACGAGAUUAUCCCAGUUGAAGAUGCAUUAGAAUUUGCCAAGAUCAUACCAAACCACAAAUUACACAUCAUCGAAGGGGCUGAUCAUGGAUACAGCUCUCAUCAAACCGAGCUAGCGUCUGUAGUUUUGGAGUUCAUAAAAUCAAGACUGCAGCUGCAGGACAAGAGCUCCACUUCCUAGGAGCUUCAUCGAUUUGACGCAACUGCUAUUCAACCUAUUUGCUAUUAUCUCAUCAAACAAUAUAACAUUAGUUCGGUUCUCUAUCAUAUCAUAUUGGCGAUUGAAGAGAGAUGCAGCUUGAAGUUCUGCUGAGGCAUUGAUUAGUCAGGAGCCUAGACUUCCCAGUGAUAUGCCUGUGCCUGUCCUUACUCCUAAGAAUGGAACAAGUUGAUCUUAUUUCAGGGGUUGACUGUGGUACCCUAAUAGCAAUUGCAUUGGCUUUCAAAGCCUACUAGGAACCUACAUGGUAAUUGGUAAAUGGAUUGCAUGAAAGUAGACUCAUUUGCACUGAUGUCUUUGUCUAUUGGGUAUGGAAUGCCACAUGAGAUUGUAUCUUAUCUUCACCUUCUACUUUCUAGUACCAAAAUUACGAUGACUAUAGUAUAUUAAGCUAUACGAAAUGAAUUUGAAGAAUGUAGAUGGUUUCAAUCUGAUAAACUCUGUAAUGGCUG